AUGGCGGCUAGUUACAGCGCUGAGGUGCAGCAUGAUGCCUCCCAAUCUGGGAGCGGGCAAGCGGCAGACCAAAGCAACGGCAAUCAGGACCGGCAGUCUUGGUACAGCAGUAGCCAGUGGCAGGGUGCGGGAAAUUCCUGGGAUUACUACGGGAGUAAUGGUUGGAGUUAUUCUGCACCGAGCGCAUGGGCUUGGCAAAGCGCCCCGUCUUGGGGCAAUGCUCAGUGGGGCGGCAGCUGGUGGCAUGGCGCCGCAUGGACGGAUGAUUCGACGAGCCAGUCGAAGAAUGGGGCUGCUGAAAGCCAGGCUCAGGCGAGCCCAGAGGAGGCGGAUACGACCAGGCGGCAAUCUGCAUCUACCAUGGAAGAGGAUCCGUGGGGUGUUCCAGAGGGCACCGGAUCGCUGGACGACGAUCAAGGAUCGUCGAGCAAGCAGGGAUCGGCGGCACAGCCGAAGGCCACCGGGAAAGACUAUAUCCCGGAAUAUGACGGAACCACUCCGAUGAGGGAGUAUCAGCGACGUGUCAAGCUGUUUGAGAUGAGUACGGGAAUCGACCCGUCGUUCAGGGCCCAGAAGUUGAUGGAGAAGCUGUCAGGGAAUGCCUGGUUGGCUACUGAGUCAAUUCCUCUGGAGCUCGAGCCGCUGGAGUUUCUGAGGACGUUCCAGACUUUGGCAGAUUUUUACAAGGGUUUCAGAAGAUCAAAAGGGCAGGAGUUCGUCGCCUACGACAUGGAGUUUAGGCGGCAUGGUCAAAGGCUGGAAGAAGUGGGGGCUGGUAUCGCUGGUGUGACCAAGGCGUACUGGUUCCUGGAGAAGGCUUCACUCUCCAGCGAGCUGCGGAAGCAAGUCGUGGCAGCGGCGGGUGGCCAGUACGAUUACAACAAGCUCCGUGCCGCGGUGAUGGCGAUUGUUCCUCAGGUGAACAAGGAAGAUGACGGGCCAUCUACGAGCUCAAGUGGAGGCAAUCAUCGACAAUGGCGGCGGUCCCCUGCUAAGGUACAUGCCACGACGCAAGAUGGCGAUGAGAACAUGGAGGCCCCGGAAGGCGAGGAAGUCGAGGAGCUCCCCGUCGAGGCCCUUGAAGAGGAACUCCAGGUCCUCAUGACGCAAGCUGCUAAGAAACGAGCCCAGGUGGAGCGUGCUCGUGGCUAUGGCGCUCCGCCUCAGAAAGGGGCGAACCGUGGCGAGACGCCGGAGGCUCGUGAGCGGCGGAUCGCCGAGCUAAAACGGCGUAUGCCAUGCUCAGCUUGCAAGGCGAAUGGCCGUACAGUUUACGGCCACUGGCACAGCGAUGCCAGCUGCCCCUUCAAUCAGAAGGGGAAGGCCGAAGCUCCCGCUGGAAAUGUGAUGGCGGUGAUUGAAGAGGAGCUCUCGGACUCAGAUGAGUAUGGUCCUGACUCCUCCGACGUCUUCUUCACGGAGUACCUUUGCGCGAGUGCGGUGUCCCAGAUCGAGGUGGAUGGUCACGACCACCGAUUGGCCCUGUCGGACACCUGUUGCGCGAGGUCGGUAGCUGGAGAAGCAUGGGCGUUGCGGCAUAUGCGCCACCUUCACGGUUUGGGAGUUGAUGUUUAUGUGGUUGAUGAGCAGCGCCCAUUCCGUUUCGGGGCCGGUCCUCGUGUGGAGUCCCGCUACGGAAUUGUCAUGCCGCUGAUUGUGGAAGCUGCUCAGGUGACACCAUGGGUUCGUGUGAGCGUUGUUCAACAAGACGUUCCGUUGCUGCUGAGCAAAACGGCCUUGAAGGGUUUGGGAGCGCGCCUUGACCUGGGUGAUUCGAGGAUCCUUCUUGGGAAACUGGGCACCCAGGCGCCGCUGAUUGAGACCGCUUCAGGACUGUGCGGUUUCAUGAUCAACGACAACGUGGCGUUUUCUGAGAACGACAUGACUUUGCCGCCUCAAGCAAUGCUGGAGGGCGAGACCGAGAUCUAUGUACCUGGCGAGGCCGAGGACGAGAACGUCGAGCCGAUCUACAAGGUCCAUGCCGAGGCCGAUCGAGGAAGCACCUGCCAGAAGUGCGAGACUUGCGCGAGAGCUCUGAUCGAGAGCCGAGAUUUCUCCUACAAUGCCUUGGAGAUGUUGGCUAACCUUCUCCCGGAGGUGAAGAUGAAAAAGCAGCGGGCUAUCAACCAAGCCGGGGAGAGCCGAGCGCAAGGUCUCGUUGCUGGGGUGUGGGCCCAUGGAGGUUUCAGUGGGAUAACUCGAGCUACGAGGGACCUGCCUUGGACCAUCAAGUAUAUCAACCAGUUCUUGAGGCAGCAGGUGAAGAUGGAAUGGAGUUCUUUUGUGCUGAUGAAGAACAUCAAGACCAACCUCCACCGCGACAAGAACAAUGCCAAGCAAGCUUUGUCGGCCACGGUGACGUUUGGAAACUUCCAAGGCGGCGAGCUUUGGAUGCGUGAAGGGUCGGCCGAGAACCAGCCGGGCGCAUCUGUUGAUCGACGAGAUCGCGAAGGAAAGCUUGUGAAGGGCACUGUGGUCAGCACUCGAGAAAAGCCGCUGGUAUUUGACCCGCGAGUGUCUCAUGGGACUCAGCGAUGGAAGGGCACCCGAUGGUGCCUGACGUGCUACACCUCAAGAGCGAUAGUCGAGUUGGGGGACAACGAUCGACGCUUGCUGCACGACUUGAAGUUCCCCUUGAAAGCCGUCGACAAGACCAGGACCUUUGGGAAAGUGAGUUUUCACCGGAGAGUGAUUCAGCUAGAUCAGCAAACCAUCAGCCACAGUGUGACAGUGAGUGCGAUGGUCUCCAAGUACACUGCGCCGAAGAAGAAGGAAGAAUAUGUCGCGUGCAUCAUGGCACGGACUACCGUGUCGGCGGAGGAGUUGCGCAAGCACGAUGUGGAGCGGCUCAAGCAGAUCUGGACAUUGAUCAAGCCGAAGAAAGCGGCGGCCCCUCUGCCGACCGGUUGGAAGAAGUACGAUGUUCCAGCCCUCAAGCACCUGUACGAGACAGUGGUCGUGCCGGAUUUGCAGCGGCCCCUGGACAAUCACUGGGUCCGUUGGCAACGUCCCUUGUUGGUCACGGAGAUCGACAUGUGGGCCCAGGAGGUUACGGAGGCGCGGAAGGACGAACCCGAGGACCUCUACUCGGAGACGCCGAUGUGCCAAUCGUGUCAGAUACCAUUUGUGAUCCGCACCAACAGGAUGACACGGGAAGAUUUCUUCGGGUGUGUCCGAUUCCCGAUGAGUCGGAACACAAUGGCUCUCACGUACAAUGGCAUGCCGGCAAAGACGGUCCAGGACGGGCUGGAGAAAGAGCGCAAGGCCAAGACCCUCGAGGAGUCCGCCGAAGAUGUGAAAAGGGAAGAGAAGCCGAACAAGUUCACCGGGUAUCCGAAGGGCCCGACCAAUGCGGCUCGUCGCAAGACUCCCUGCUUGACAGAGUGGCGGGGCGACUCCUCCGAUGGGUCGUGGGCGAGGACGGGUCCCCUCCCCGUCGAGACGGAUUCCGACCACGAGGAUUCCUCCAAGGUGAUCAACGCCAAUCUGACGUCAGAGGAGAUGGAAAUGAUCAAGCAGCUCCGGAAGAGCAAGGGCGAGAUCGAGAAGAUUCGUGAUGGGUGUGAAAGGCGCCGUCACUUGAAGAAAGGUGCGAUCAAGAGAUUUCUCGGGAAUGCAAAGGCAGUGGCUGCAAGUGUUAUGAUUGCAUCCACAGCUGCUCUCGGAAUGGCUAUGCAGUCUGUCCCCAGUACUGCAGUUGUCAGGCCAGAUGUACUGGAGGUGUUUGACGGUGAAGCACAGGUGUCUUCUAGUUUUGGCCGGUGGGGUUGGAGUACUGCUAAGCCUGUGGAUCUGAAGCUUGGUGAUGGUAAGUGCGAUGCUGAACGGCAUGAUGGCCUUCUUGAGUGGGUUGAGCGGAAUCGGCCUCGCCUUGUGGUGGUUUCGUGUGCUCGCGAUUUCAAGUCUCUCGAUGUGAUCGACAAGUCGAAAUCGUCCCAAGAAAAGAGAAGACUCAAACAUCAUAGGGAAAAGCAGCUUCCUUUCGUGCACUUCGUUGAAAGCGUGUUUGAGAGACAGAUGAAGCGAGGAGACGACGUCCUUGUGAGUACUUGUGCUGCUAGUGGUGCUUUCAGAGAACCUGUGUUUCAGAAAAUCAUGAACCACCCGCAGGUUUAUGCCACCGCUCUUGACAGUCGAGGAAAUAGCGCUAAGGAUGCUUCAUCAAGGUUCUCUGGAAGCCAUACCGUGCUUUGGCUGAGCACGGCCCUCGAGAUCUGUGAAGAACUCAACAUGCUGAGUCGUGAGGGUUCGAGAGGUGGAGGUUUACGUGAAAUGAUCCACAGUCAUGGUAGGCAAUGUGCUUCAGCGAUUUGCAAGGGAUAUGUGAAGGUGUUGAAGCGGAAGGAUCCGAGCCGUGUGCGGAAGAUGCUUAGGCAAGUUGCAGCUAGGAUCCGGAACCCUCGCAAUCGGCAAGUGAUUCGCGAUCUACGAUGGAACGAAAAGAACAUCAGUAAAGCGCUAGCACGGUGGAGUGCAGUUUUCGCGGUAGAUUCCUCAGGGGGCGGUGACGCCCACUCAGAUGCACCCAUGCAUGAUCCCCUGGAGGAUGAAACCGACCAAGAGCUCCUCGCCGCUGAUCGGGUAGAUCAAGGAGGGGAACCUCUCAGAAGCGAUCUGGCCUAUGACGGCGUCAAGUUCGAAGUGCCCAGCGGGCGCAGGCUGAGUCCCGAGAUCAAGGAAGGGUUACGGAAAGCACACUGCAACUUAGGACACCCCAGCAAAGCGGAUCUUAAGCGGUUUUUGAAGCUAGGUGGGGCUAAACAGGAAGUUGUUGAAGCUGUCGACUGGAUGCAGUGCGUUUCGUGUGCCCAUUCGAACCGGCCCAAAGCCCAUCGGACCACGAAUAUACCUCCUUGCUCUAUCACGUUCGGUGACGAGGUUCAUUUGGACUGUUUCUGUAUUCAUGAUAACACUCCUGAGGCUUAUUGGUUCCUGUCUAUUGUGGAUAGGGCGACCAGUUAUCAUGUAGUUGAGUUACUUCGCGAUCAUAGUCCCAACGAACUUCAUCGGGCUUUCGACAGAGCGUGGGCCAAGUGGGCUGGACCUCCGCUGAGGGUGAGUGUGGAUUUUGAAGGCGGGUUUCGGGGCAAAGAGUUUUGGAACCAAGUCAGCGAGUCCGGCGCUUCACUCGUGUCGAUAGCCGGCACAGCACACUGGCAGGCAGGGAAGGUUGAACGACAUAAUCAGACUGUCAAAGACAUGCUGAGGACUGUCAUUAGGCAUACCCAUGUUAGGGGACGAGAACAGAUUCGCGUUGCCGGCCGGGAAGUGUGUUGGGCUAAGAACACGUUAGUCAGAGAGCAUGGUUGGUCGCCGGUGGCUUUAGUGUUCGGGAAAGAGCCUAGGGUUUUCGGUGAACUUCAUAGUCAGGGCGAACCAAACAUGUUCCAUCCCAGGGUUGGAGACCCUGAUAGUGAAGUGGCUAGGCGCAUGAGGUACAGGUAUCAUGCCAAGCUGGAAUACGUGAAGUCCCAGGCUAGGCAGAUGCUUGCUCGAACUGCUCACAAUAGGGUGCGUAAGAUUACUAACCCUAGGGUCGGUCAGAUGGUUUUCUUCUGGAGGGCCGAGCGGAAGAAGGAACCGAGUAGGUGGGUUGGUCCCGCUUAUGUGGUUGGUCUUCAAGGGUCUAGCGCUUGGGUGGCGAUAGGAGGUAGAUGCUUUCUGGUUGCGGGUGAGCAUUUGCGUGAAGCCUGUGGGGAUGAGAGAAACUUCGGUGAUCCUCAGAUUCAGAAGGCGAUUGCUCUGUUCAAGAAGACCCCUAAAGAAGCUACUUUCGAAGACCUGACUAGACAACCUCCUCCUAGCGAAGAACCUCUUGAGAUUGAGCAACAGUCAUUUGCACAUGAUCUUGCACGAGAUGCAGGUGACUUUGAGCAAGGAGUUACCGAGUUGCCUGAGGAACUUCGGAGAGUGGUCAAGCGAGUAGGAUGGACUCAGGACAGCUCUGGUAAUCCUGUGCUUGUGACACGUCGCGCCUGGGCCUAUCGCACUCCCGAAGCCAAGUACGAAGGUACUAGCUAUCCCUAUAGAACUACUUGGGGUCGGUUUGACGGGGAGUGGAUUUGGCUUGAAAAGGACGUGAAGUGGAGUGAGCUCUCCAAUCCCAACAGUUUUCUCCCUCAGGCUCCUGCCGAAAUCCUGAUCACUGCGUUUAGCCGUAGGAGUAAGAGAGAGAUGACUUUGGAUGAUGUGCCUGUUGUGAUAAAGAGAAGGAGAGAAGGAGAGGAGCGAGAGGCUGCUGUUCACGCGGUUCAUCAUGGGAAAAUUGUGGGAAAGAACAAAUUGAAGAGAAUGAUGGAUAAAGAGGUUCCGUAUGAGAAGAUUCCUGAGAGUGAGCGCGCCGCCUAUCAUGAGGCGCAAGAGAAAGAAUGGCAGAGCUGGAGGCAAUAUGAGAGCUGUGAGGUCUUGAGUGAGGAGGAGAGUGCGAGAGUUUUGAGGGAGAAUCCCAAGAGAGUCCUCCCCAGUAGAUACGUGUACCGAAACAAGAAUGCGGGAUUAGUUGAUGAACAGGGAAGGGCUCUCCCUGUUCGGGCAAAGGCCCGGUUGUGCCUUCAGGGGCAUUUAUGCCCAGACUCCCAAACGGGUCAGGUUCAGGUGGAUUCCCCGACGGUUGAAAGGGUCUCGACCAUGCUUUUCUUGCAUAUGUGCAUCAGCUACGGUUGGUCCCAGAAUUGGUUUAUCGGUGACAUAAGUAAUGCCUUUCUUCAGGGUGCACCAUUGCAAGGAAAGGAAGCCAUGUACAUGAGACCUCCAAAGCAAGGCCUGAAAGGGGUUGGUCCAAACCAGAUCCUGAAGCUGCUUAAGCCAGUGUACGGGCGUCCCGAUGCUCCUCGAGCCUGGUACGAGGAACUGGCAAAGGUCCUGACCCAGGAGUUGGGAUUCUCGAAGUCCUACAUAGAUCCUGCAGUGUUCAUGCUCAGAAAUCCUGAAGGCCUGUUGAUCGGUGUUAUGAUAAUCCAUGUUGACGACCUUAUGGUUUGUCAUGACGGUUCCCAGCAGGCCAUGGAUGCAAUUGAGCGUUUGAGAAAGAGAUUUCCCUUUGGAACUUGGGAGAGGGUUGCGGACAAGCCUCAAGGAGUGACCUACUGCGGCAAGGAGAUUUGUCUUCGCAAGGAUACGCAACCAUAUAUCACCCUCGCCCAAGACGGUUUCGUGGACGGCAGAUUGGAGGAAAUGGAUAUUGAACCAAGCAGAAAGCGUUGUCCUGAACAGUAUGCCAGUGAAGAAGAGAGAGCGGAAUACAGGUCAAUCGUUGGUAGUCUCCAGUGGCUGUCCACCCAAUCUCGUCCUGAUAUGAGUUUCGAGACGAACCAGCUUCAGAAGAGAAUCGCUGAUCUCCGUGUCUUUGACCUCAGUCGCGCUAAUAAAGCUGUGAGAGAGGUGAAAGAGAAUCGUAUGCUGUUGACGUUUAGAGAUCUCGGACGAGAUGCUCAGUUGAUCGUGUAUUCGGAUGCCGGUCUGUACUCGAGUGUCGGAGCUGAGAUCAGUGAGCAAGAGUGUGAAGACAUCCUUCAGUCUCAGAAGGAUAAGAAACUUGUUUAUUCGCAGAAGGGCGCUUUGGUGGGCUUCGUUAAGCGUGGAUCCACUGAAGUCAGAGGCGAGAGUACGCAUGUGAAUGUUCUCGACUGGAAGAGUAGCACCAAUCGUAGAGUGUUGGAGUCGAGCUUCGCUGGUGAAACGCAUGCGGCCUUGAUGGGUUUAGGCAUGGGCCAUUUCUGUCAAGUGCUGAUGAGCGAGCUGCGUUUUGGAUCGGAUGUUGUUGGCAGUGUCGAUGACGAUGGAUGGAAUGAUUUGGUCCCUAUGACCUUGGUUACGGAUUGCAGGUCUAUUUACGAUACGGUUCAUAAAGAUGGCCAACAUAUCUCCGACAAAGCCAGUGUUGUCCAUGCAGUGCUUCUUCGUCAAGCUCUCACGACUCGCCAAGUCGCUUGUAGAGUUAGAUUGCUCUGGGUUCCCACGAGACAUCAAUUAGCUGACGGUUUGACUAAGGGUUUGAGGGCUAAGGAAACUCGUGAGCAAUUGCGACAGGGCGCAGUUUUUCGUGAAGAAGCUGCCAAGCGAAGGGUUCCGGAUCAAAAAGAUAGUGUUAUCGGUGUGAAUGUUUGCGAGGGCAGUUGA